AUGGUUGAAUUAAAUAAAAAACGGCGUUUCUCAGACACUGAGAGCCCCGAAAUCAAAGUCGAAGCCACUGCGACCCCCGCCGAAACCCCAGCUGCCCCCCAGAACAGGAGAACUCUCUUCGUCCGCUCACUGCCCGAGUCGGCCACUACGGAGAGCCUGGCUGAAUACUUCUCGCAAUCCUACAUUAUCAAGCAUGCCGUUGUUGUUUUUGACAAGGAAACGAAAAAGUCAAAGCAAUUCGGUUUCGUUACAUUCGCCGACGCCGAGGAUGCCGACAGCGCUUUGAAGGAACUCAAUGGGUCCAAAUUUGAUGGGAAAAUUAUUCGCGUCGACUAUGCUGAGCAGCGUAAGCGUGAGAUCGAUGAGAAGGUUGGACGCAGUGUACCUACUGCUGCGUCUCUUGAGUUGAAGAAAAAGAAGGAAGAGGAGAGAGGUCAAGGCCUGCCGCCCAAGCUGAUUGUCCGCAAUUUGCCAUGGAGUAUCAAAGAGCCCCAGGAUCUUUCUGUUCUGUUCCGCAGCUUCGGAAAGGUUAAGUUUGUCACUCUUCCCAAGAAGAACGGCAAGCUCGCUGGUUUUGGUUUUGUUACCCUGCGCGGCAGGAAAAAUGCCGAGAAGGCUCUUCAGACCAUCAACGGCAAAGAGAUCGAUGGUCGCCAAUUGGCCGUUGAUUGGGCUGUUGAGAAGGAUGUCUGGGAAACUACAAAGAAGGAUGAUGAGGAAGAGGAGAAGGAGGAAGAGAAGGAAUCGGAGGAUGUCAAGAUGGAGGAUGCCGGAGGUCCUUUGGAAGAGCCCUCAGAUGACGAGACCUCUUCUGAUGAAGAUGAUGAGGACGACGAUGAAGACCUCGAUGACGAUGAGCUUGACGACCUGGACGACGAGGACGAAAAUAAAGAGGAUGACCGUAACAACUCCACAAUCUUCCUUCGCAACCUUCCCUUCACCGCCACAGACGACUCUCUCUACGAACACUUUGCCCAAUUCGGACCUCUACGUUACGCUCGUGUUGUCCUAGACCACGAGACCGAGCGUCCUCGUGGCACCGGCUUCGUAUGCUUCUGGAAAGUCGAGGAUGCUAACACUUGCGUCCGCGAAGCCCCUCGCGGAACUGAAAUGAUGGCACCCAACAAGGACAAGCCCAAGUCCAACACCGCGAUGAAGCACUCCGUUCUCCAGGACGAGAACUCCGACCCCAGCGGCCGCUACACCCUCGAAGGCCGUGUCCUGCAGGUCGCCCGCGCUGUAAGCAAGGGCCAAGCCGCGAAGCUGGAAGAAGAAGGUGUCUCCCGCCGCAUGGUCCGCGACACUGACAAGCGCCGCCUCUACCUCCUCAACGAAGGAACCAUUCCUUCCAACUCUCCCUUGUACAAGAAGCUCUCGCCUUCUGAAGUAAAGAUGCGCGAGGACUCCUACAAGCAGCGCGAAACCUUCAUCAAGAAGAACCCAGCUCUCCACCUCAGUCUCACUCGUCUCGCUAUUCGUAACCUCCCCCGUCACAUCGGCUCCAAGGACUUGAAACAGCUCGCCAGAGAGUCUGUUGUGAACUUCGCCAAGGACGUCAAGAAGGGCGUGCGCCAGCCUCUUUCCAGAGAAGAGCAGCAACGCUCCCGCGACACCAUGAAGGAGCUCGAACAGCUGCGCAAGCAGCAGAAGAAGGGUAUCGUGCGACAAGCCAAGGUUGUCUUUGAGACCCGUGAGGGAACAAAGGUCUCCGAGAAGACUGGUGGUGGCCGUAGUCGUGGCUACGGAUUCAUUGAGUACUUCACUCAUCGCCAUGCGCUGAUGGGUCUGCGCUGGCUCAACUGCCAUUCCAUGGUUGUGCCUCCCUCUGCGCAGGACCCGGAUGAUAAGGACAAGAAGAAGAGUCUUGUUGUCGAGUUUGCUAUUGAGAACGCGCAGGUUGUUAAGCGUCGCAAUGAAUUGCAAGCUAAGUCCCGUGAGCCAAGGCCCAAGCGUGAUCGUGAGGACGACGAUGAUGGUGAUAAGAAGGACUUCAAGAGGAAGCGUUCUGAUUCUCGGGGCAAGAAUGAUGGCCGUGAUGGGAAGGAUGCUAAGCGUGGGAAGCCUUCUAAGCCUUCCAAGGGCGAGGAGAAGAACGACGAAGAGGAAGACAAGGCUGCGAAGCGCAAUCGCAUCAUCGGACAGAAGCGCAUGAAGCGCAAGUCCCGAAAGGGGAAAUAA